UAAACUAGACUGGAUCUCAGUCCGCAUAAAGUCCCUUUUCUCAGUCUCUCAGCCUCUCUCGGCUGAACUCAACUCAUAGCCAUCAGAGAUGAAGAAGCUCUACAGAAAAGGCAAGGUCCACCCAUCGCAGCCGCUCAUCUCCGACCACCUAACCUUUCUACCGGCCACUAUCUUGACUCUCGCGGCCAUGCUCUCACCAGUGGACAGAGAAGUAUUGGCCUACCUCAUCUCCUCCUCCUCCUCCAACUUUUCCGUGAAUCAGAACAAAACCCAAAAGACUAACACCACAACAAACACCACUAGUACUGGAGGUAGUGGAAAAGGUGGGGACCACCCGCCGUCGUUCAACUGCAACUGUUUCAGGUGCUACACGAGUUACUGGGUCAGGUGGGACUCGUCGCCGAACCGCCAACUCAUUCACGAAAUCAUCGAUGCUUUCGAAGACGGGGUAGCCCAGAGCAAGAGAUCAGAGAAGAGUAAGAAAGAGAGGCGUAGGAGGGGGUUUAAUGGGUCGGGUCAUGAGCCGAAUCGGUCCCGGGUGAGUUCAAGCAAGGACGAGUCAUGUUUAAUGGAGUUGACUAGCGGCAGUGGUGGUGGAGGAGGUGGAGAUGAAGUAGAGGAGGGGUCAGUGAGGAAGUUGAUGAGUUUUAUUGGGGAGAGGUUAUGGAGUGUUUGGACCUUGGGGAAUUAAAGGAAAUAUGAUGAAGUGAAAAAAAAAGGUUGGUUUAUUUCCUUUUUUUUUUUUGGGUUUUAGUUCUCUGUUUUGGGGUAUUGAUCUUUUCUGCCCCAAGUUCACAGAACAAAUCUUUCUUCCAUCUUCCUUGGAUUUGUAAAUUACUCCUUUUAAGUAUGGAAAAAAAAAAGGGUACUAAUUGAAUGGUUACUAGUACUAAUUA